AUGCCUCCGCAUGUUGCUUGUGCGCUAUUUGAUGAAACCGAUAACACGCCCCUCUUCAAAUCUAUUAUUGAAAAGACAGGUGCUGAUCCUGUCACAGUCGAACGUGGUUAUAAAAAGAUGAUGGUUCAACUACCUUCUCAAGAUCCCGCUCCUGCAGAAAUAUCUAUCAGUCCACAAACCGCUAAACUCUUACGUCAUGCUGAGAAACAUAUGAAAGAUCAAAAAGAUUCAUACAUAUCUGUUGAUCAUAUCAUUUUGGGCCUUGCAGAUGAAGAUAGUACAUUCAAGCCAAUGAAGGAAGCAGGAAUCACGAAGAAGGCCUUGGAAAACGCAGUCUCUCAAGUUCGUGGUAAUCGUCGCGUUGACUCAAAAAAUGCUGAAGAAGUCUAUGAAGCUUUAUCCAAAUAUGCCAUCGAUUUAACACAGAUGGCUCAAACUGGUAAAUUGGAUCCUGUCAUUGGUCGUGACGAUGAAAUUCGUCGCGUUAUCCGUGUCCUUGCACGACGUACCAAGAACAAUCCAGUUUUAAUUGGUGAGCCUGGUGUAGGUAAGACAGCUAUUGUAGAAGGAUUAGCUCGUCGUAUCAUCGAGCGUGAUGUGCCCCAAACACUACAAUGUAAAUUAUUUUCGUUGGAUAUGGGUGCCUUGAUCGCUGGUGCCAAAUACCGUGGUGAAUUCGAAGAGCGUCUGAAGGCCGUGUUGAAGGAAGUUAAAGAAUCCGAAGAAGGCGUUAUUCUGUUCAUUGAUGAGAUUCACACUGUUCUUGGUGCUGGUAAAGGUGAAGGUUCUAUGGAUGCUGCUAAUUUGUUGAAACCCAUGUUGGCUCGUGGUGAAUUGCGUUGUAUUGGUGCUACUACCUUAACAGAAUAUCGUGAGAUUGAAAAGGACCCUGCAUUCGAAAGACGUUUCCAAAAGGUCGAUGUUGGAGAACCCUCUGUUCCUGCUACGAUCUCUAUCCUUCGUGGUCUCAAGGAACGUUAUGAAAAUUAUCAUGGUGUUAAAAUUGUCGACUCUGCUUUAGUUGCUGCUGCACAGCUCUCCGAUCGUUAUAUCACUACUCGUUUCUUGCCCGAUAAAGCCAUUGAUUUGAUUGAUGAAGCUGCUGCCAAUACACGUGUUCAAUUGGAUUCUAAACCUGAAGAAAUUGAUGUCCUCGAGCGUAAGCGUUUCCAACUUGAAAUCGAAGCCAAGGCUUUGGGUAAAGAAAAGAGCAAUAAGGAAUCUUCGGAACGUUUGCAAGAAGUCAAGGAGGAAAUGGCCAGAUUGGAUGAAGAACUCAAACCUCUCAAGCUCAAGUAUGAACUCACGAAGGGUCGUUUAGACGAAAUCCGUGAUUUGAAGCAAAAGCUGGAUGAUCUCAAGUCCAAGGCAAUUGAAGCAAGGAAUCGUUAUGAUUUGGAUACAGCUGCUGAUAUUGAAUAUUAUGCUAUUCCCGACGUUGAACAACGCAUUGCUCAACUUCAAGCCGAAAAACAACGUAGAGUGAGUGAAGCUUUAGCUAACGAUAGCAAUGAUGCUCUAUUGACGGAAGUGGUUCGCCCUGAACAAAUUAUGGAAGUCGUCUCUCGUUGGACUGGUAUCCCUGUCCAACAAUUGGCCAAGAGUGAACGUCAAAAACUAUUGACUAUGGAGCAAGAAAUUUCCAAGAAGGUGGUUGGUCAAGAUGCUGCAAUUAAGGCUAUCUGUAAUGCCAUUCGUUUGUCCAAGGCUGGUCUUCAAGAUCCUCAUCGUCCUUUGGCCUCCUUCAUGUUCCUGGGUCCUACUGGUGUUGGUAAAACCCUGCUGUGUAAGACGUUGGCUGAAUUCUUAUUUAACGAUGAACGUGCUAUGAUUCGAAUUGAUAUGAGUGAAUUGAUGGAACAGCACAGUGUUGCCAAGUUGAUUGGUGCUCCUCCUGGGUAUGUUGGUCAUGAAGAAGGUGGUCUUUUUGAAGCAGUUCGUCGCAAGCCUUAUGCUGUAGUUCUCUUGGACGAAUUGGAAAAGGCUCACAAAGAUGUUGCAAAUGUUCUCUUACAAGUUUUGGACGAAGGUUUCAUUCAUGAUUCUAAAGGUCGCAAGAUUGAUUUCCGAAAUACUAUUAUUGUUAUGACCUCCAAUUUGGGUGCUGGCCUCUUAGCAGAUCAGUACAAGGGUGACAUGCUUAUUUUGAAGGAAAAGAUUAUGGAAGUUGUUCGUAAUCACUUCAGUCCUGAAUUCACAAACCGUAUCGAUGAGUUGGUCAUUUUCAACCGUCUUACUCAAAAGAAUAUUACCAAUAUUGUUGAUGUUCGUCUAAAGGAAGUUGAAGAACGUUUGGCCGACCGUCAUAUUAUCUUGGAUGUCUCUGAUGAAGCUAAGCAGUGGUUAGGUGAACAUGGUUAUGAACCCAUAUUUGGUGCCCGUCCUCUAAACCGUCUUAUCCAACAACGUGUCUUGAAUCCUUUGGCAAGAAUGAUAAUUGAUGGCGGUAUCAAGAACAACGAAACAGCCAAAGUUAUCCUUAACGAUAAUAACCAUCUCGAAAUUGUUAGAAAUCAUGAAGGCACGAUUGGUGGAUACUUUGAAGAUGAACCAAUGGACGAAGAUGAAGACCUCGAUAUGGACUAA